AUGCAGGCUCGCUACUCUGUCUCCAGCCCCAACUCUCUGGGCGUCGUGCCGUACAUCAGCAGUGACCCGAGCUACUACAGGGCCGCAGCCGGUGGGGGAUACACCGGGAUGCCAGCACCUAUGAACAUGUACUCUCAUGCGGCCCAUGACCAAUACCCUGCCAGCAUGGCGCGCGCAUACGGUCCGUACACCCCUCAACCUCAGCCAAAGGAUAUGGUGAAACCCCCCUAUAGCUACAUCGCGCUCAUCACCAUGGCUAUCCAAAACUCGCCUGACAAGAAGGUGACCCUGAAUGGGAUUUACCAGUUCAUCAUGGAGAGGUUUCCCUUCUAUCGAGACAACAAGCAGGGCUGGCAGAACAGCAUCAGGCACAAUCUGUCCCUCAAUGAGUGUUUUGUCAAAGUACCUCGUGAUGAUAAAAAACCCGGUAAAGGCAGCUACUGGACCCUAGACCCGGACUCUUACAAUAUGUUCGAAAACGGGAGCUUCCUGAGGAGACGGCGGCGGUUCAAGAAGAAGGACGCGCUGAAGGAGAAAGAGGAGCGGCUGCAGAAGGACGUCCCACCGCAGAGGCAGCAAGGAGGCCGGGAGCAGGAGCAGCCGGUGCAGAGCUCCAAGCCUGUGAGGAUCCAGGAUAUUAAGACUGAGAACGGGACAGUCACGCCUCCGCAGGCCGACUCGCCCUCACUGAGCACCGUGCCCAAAAUCGAGAGCCCGGACAGCAGCAGCAGCAUGUCCAGCGGGAGUCCUCACAGCAUCCCCUCAAACAGAUCCAUCGGCUUGGACAGCUCCGAGCACCACCAGCACCACGGCCAGGCCUCCACGCAGGGCUUCAGCGUGGACAACAUCAUGACCUCCCUUCGGGGGUCUCCACAAGGGGCCACAGAGCUCCCCUCUGGCCUCAGCGCCUCCAGCAGGACAGGUAUAACACCAUCUUUGUCCUUAAACUAUUCUCCAAGUCAGACAUCUGUGUAUAGUUCGCCCUGUACCCAAAACUCCAUCUCCACUACCUCCAACGCCACCUAUCAUUGUAACAUGCAAGCCAUGAGCUUGUACGCCGGGGACAGGUCGAGCCACCUGGCGCCGAGCACCACCGUGGACGAAACGUUGCCAGAUUACUCCGUUACCACCACCUCGUCCUCCCUGAGCCACGCGAACCUGAACUCCGCGCAGGAGGGCCACCAUACCCACCAAGGGAGGCUGACCUCAUGGUACCUCAACCAGGCCGGAGACCUGGGCCAUCUGGGCGCGACGUACCCCACGGCACAGCAGCAGAACUUCCACUCAGUCCGAGAGAUGUUUGAAUCCCAGAGAAUUGGCUUGAAUAACUCGCCGGUGAAUGGGAAUAACAGCUGUCAGAUGUCAUUCCCACCGAGCCAAUCCAUCUAUCGCACUUCGGGAGCUUUCGUAUACGACUGCAGCAAGUUCUGA